ACGUCAGAAGCAACGAUCUGCCCAUGCUCGUGGUUAGUGAAGGAGAUGAGCCCACUGCAGCUGAUAGAUGUGUUUUAGUGAUGUAAUGUUGUCUGUUUGGUGACUGAGGAUGGCUGUUUGUGCCAGGCUCUGCGGAGUGGGCCAGUCGCGGAGGUGCAGGAGGCGACAGCGGCAAAACCAGCAGGAUCAGGGAAGCGACUCUGAAAUGGACGAGGAUGAAGAGGAGCGGAUCGUAGGACACAGGCAAGCCGACGUCGGAGUUGGCGGCGGCGGCGGCUGCGGAGGCCUGGAGAGCGACGUCCCCACUGCAGGGCCCAGUGACGCUUGUGAAUAUGGCAGCGGCCAUGCCAGCAGUAUAAGCUUUCUAGAUCGAACAAGCACGGGACCUCCACACCCGCAGUCAUUAGCGGAUUUACCACCGGAGCUUCUGGUGGAAAUACUGUCUCUGCUCCCCGGAACAGCGCUGCCAAAUGUUGCCCUCGUCUGCAAGAAAUUCAGGCAAAUCGUAAACACUGAAACCAUCUGGAGACGGCGGUGCACGGAAGAGUUUGGUAUGAAGGACGAUCUGCGAAAAAUGGAAGUGGGUGGGGUAUCAAGCCGGGACCUCUACGUUAAACGUGUCAACCCACGGGUGAAGUCUGGGCGCUUUAUGAAGCUCCUCCCGGACUAUGAGCACAUGGACUAUAGAGACAUUUACACACACUUGCUUCACCCAUACAGACAUAUCUUGGGCUUAUGGCAGCCUGACAUUGGGCCUUAUGGUGGACUGCUCAAUGUUGUGGUGGACGGGCUGUUCAUCAUUGGCUGGAUGUAUUUGCCACCUCAUGACCCCCGUGUGGAGGAUCCAAUGAGAAGACGGCCACUCUUUCGUAUACACAUGUGGGAGAGCCAAAAGGCCACAGUGGAGUGCAUGUACGGACACAAGGGGCCCCACAAAGGAGACAUACAGACUGUGAAGAAGGAUGAAUUUUCAACAAAAUGUAACCAGACAGAUCAUCAUCGAAUGCCAGGGGGCAGACAGGAGGAGUUCAGGACAUGGUUGGAGGAAGAAUGGGGUCGAACACUGGAAGAAAUUUUCCAUGAGCACAUGCAGGAGCUCAUCUUAAUGAAGUUUAUUUAUACAAGUCAAUACGACAACUGUUUGACAUACCGGAGGAUCUACCUUCCUCCUGUGAUGCCCUCUGACCUGCUGCAACCUGGUCUCUUCAAAGGCACCUAUGGCAGUCACGGCUUGGAGAUUGUCAUGCUUAGUUUCCACGAGACCUCUGCAAGGGCCACAAAGCUCACGGGAGAUCCCAAUGUUCCCGCAGGACAACUUACCCUGGAUGUUGAUCUGAGCCGGCCCAUGGUCCUUCCAGACUUAGAGCAGCAGCGCAACAUAGAGGAGCUGUCACGGCUGGUACUGGGGGUACACGAGCAGGUACAAAGGGAGGCACAACAACAGGCUAAGAGCAACUCUGCCACAGCCAGAGGUGCAGCAGAAGGAGCCUGUGGUGGUGACUGCGCAGCAGAAGGGGCGGAGGCAGACCUUGAUGCGUUAUCAGACCGGCCUGUGUUCAGUAAUACCAACAAUCCUCCUGAAGCCCAGCCCUUUGUCCUGCCCCUGGGGGUUAUGGCUCGUAAUGAGGUGUACCCUCGCACCUGCAGGAAAUGCUUCUAUGGGACAGGCCUUAUCGCUGGGCACGGCUUUACAAGUCCAGAACGCACCCCAGGCCUCUUUGUGCUAUUUGAUGAGGACCGUUUCGGUUUCAUCUGGCUUGAGCUGAAGUCUUUUAGUCUGUACAGUCGUCUGACGGACCAACUAGCCCACGCUCAUGCACCGAACAUGGAGCGCUUUGAGGCCAUGCUGCGGAACAUGCAGUCCUGGACAUCCUGAUGCAGCUUGCUUUAAAUCUCCUCCCACAAUACAAUGCAUUGAAAUACCUUAACACACAAUUCACCUCUGUCCUCCACUGACAUCAUGAUAGCUUAUGACCUGACCUCUCCCUGUUCUAGCUGUAUCUUUUAGAAAUGUUGGGCUUUACUGUCUUUUUAAGCUAGUUAUGUCACCCUCACCUGACACACUUACGUGCUCCUGUUCCUGUACAAGCACCUCUAAAAGGCCUCUGCAGUCACUGUUUAUCACCUCACCUCAGUACGACCUUAAUCCUCCAGUGCAGCAUGAUAACAGGUCACAUACAUUUUUAUUAUUUAUUUAUUUAUUCCCUGCAGGAGAGAAUGGAAUGAUAUUUCAUACCACUUACAAUGGAGUAAAGUGUUUGGCCUCUGAUUCUAAAACCAUGUCUAUACUAAGUAGUGCUUGAAGAUAAUGGUGUCCAAUGUAUUCUACAAAUAGUAUGGUACCGAUUUUAGUAUACAACUGCAUGCUGCAAUUAAAUAUUCUAACAGUAUGUUUUAUUAACUGUAGUUUCAUUUUUGCUUUAGACACCCAGAUUAAAGAAAGGGCAACAUCUCAGGUGUUUUAAUCUGUUCCACAAGUCAGUAUUUGUGUUUAACAAAAAAUAUAGGACUUCAUGGUCAUUUUAUCAAUUUGUCCAUUAGUGAUUCUUAGUGAGAUUUACAAUGGGCAAGAGAUAAUUUGCUUUCUUAUCAAACAAUGUAGCUACAGCAGUCCGUUUUGGUUGAACUGAUAUGUGUCUGCCCCUUGAACUUAGUCAUAAACUUUUACAGUUGUAUGCUCUGCAUCAAACAUCCUUCUCAUUAUGUUAUGUAAGCUGGAAAGAUGUAUUGUAAUGCAAACAUAACAUAUGCAUAAUGGGAAACUGGAUUAAAUCACAACUUGACAGUUUGUAUGCUUAAAUUAUGGUCUGAAAAAAGAGCUUCUCUCACCUUUGAAAUGUAUUGUAUUUGUUGUUUAUUUAAAUGGCUGACUUAAUGUUUCCCUGGCUUUAUAUCUGCAAAA